AUGUUCGUCUACGAAGGCCGUCUCGACUGGAAGCCCUACGGCGAUAGCGAGACCUUCGUUAUAAUCCUGCCUGACGGUCCAGUCCGCGUUGGCGACACCGCCUAUCUCUUUUCCCAAUGGACAAAAGAUGCUCAGGGCACCAAGAAGGCCAACUUCUUCCAAAAGUCCGCCAUCGAGAAGGUCUCCAAGACUCCCAGCGGCGAUGACACCUUCAUCGCCAAGGCUUCCUACUACAGCUGGGAGAUCACCUCCCACGACGUCUACGGCAAACUCGACGUUGUCAUGUCAAACCCCGCUGGCGCCAAGAGCAACAUGUCGUUCAAGCGUAUCUGGCAGUCUAAGGGCGAGCAGGCCACUGGAGCUGCAAGGAUCUGGACUGGUAAAAUUUCUUGGUCCAAGUAUGCUAGUGACGAGAUGAGUAUUUUCAUCUGGACUCAUGAUGACACUGGUACUGAAAAGUCCCCGUCCUUCCGCGCCGAGUCCCAGAAGAUGCUUCCUGGGGCUGGAAAAGGUGUCAAGUUCUCUUAUCACUCAUACUACGAUAUCACGUGUACCUGGGAUGAGACGACGGAGAAGCUUGCUGUCCACAUGAAAGGACCCGAGGCCAACCAGGAUCUUGGCGAGUACAAUCUCUCCGCCUUGAUUGAUCGCCACUCCCAUGACUGGACCCCCCCCAGACCUCAGCCGUCUCUCCCUCGCAUUCUAGGACCCCUUCCUUUCCCCAAGAACCUCAUUGACACUCUGCGACAUACCAUCGCCUUUGCCGAUCAGGCUGGCUACCUCGCCAAGUACGCUGAGGAUCGAUUCAAAGCACUCGAUGCCGACUUCCAUGCUCGAGGCGAACAGCUCAAUGCCGCUACCACGGAGAACAGCGAGCUCAGGAAGGAGAUCAAGAAGCUAAUCGAUGAUCUCAAUGUCGAGAAAGCCAAGACCGUUGAUCUGACCAAGAGACUCGCCGACGCUCAAGCAGCUCAUGCUGCCGAUCUCAAGAAGAGAGAUGAAGACCUCGCGAACGGCAAGAAACACGAUGAUGAAGACCACAAGACGAUUGACCGACUAGUUUCUCAGCUUGAAUACGAGCGAGCUUCCAAGGCCGAGGUGCAGAAGAAGUUUGACCAGACGACGACUGAUCUUAGAGACGCCGAGGCUCGUCUCAAGGCUGAAGCCGCCAAGAUCGUUGAUCUCACCGCUCGCAUCGCCACCCUCGAAGCCCAACUCGAAGUUGAGAAGCGAGAAGGCGAUAGACUCCGAGGUGAGAACAAGCAGAAGGACGAGACCAUCGAAAAGCUGGAGAAGGCCAAGAACGACCUCCAGUGCCAGCUCGAACAGGCCCAAGCAGACGUCAAGGAUCUCGAAGCGCUUGCCAAGAAAAAGAGCAAGACAAUCAGCGAGCAGGCUGACGAGAUCAUAAAGCUCAACAACACCAUCAAGGAGAAGACACUUGCCUUUGACAAUCUGGAGACGGAGUUGAAGGACAGGGCGAAGGAGCUGCGAACUCACAUGCAUGAAGGUCAUGUUACUCCUGCUCCUACUGCUGCCCCUGAGCCUAAGCUCCGCUUCAAGUGCAACAUUCGAAGUGAGAGUUCAAGCGGCAACAAGAAUGUCUUCUUCGACCUCAACGGCGCAGGUGGCCAGAACCCUCCUGUUCAUGCUAUCUCCGAUGGAUCGUACAAGUGGAACUCCAACCAGAUCUGGGAGAUCUUUUCAGUUCCAGGCUCUAACACGCGGGUCAUCAUCAAGAACGCGGGCAACAGCUUUGUCCUCUUUUCAGCUGGACACGGACAGACUGUCAAGUGCGAGAGAAACCGCGAUGUCUCUGACCUUGCAGCUCAGUGGGAUCUUCAGGGCGCAACAGUCGAGAACGUCACUGAUAGCACUCAAGUCCGAUUCCGCAAUGCUAAGGACGAGACGUACCUUGAUCUGUCGGGCGGCAACACUACGAAUGGCACAGCUUUCCUGACCUACAACGGUCAUGGUGGUGCUAACCAGGCUUUCAAGCUCUGGAAGCACUAG